CUCAUUAGCCGUUAGCAUAGGUCGUUACCUUCCUUUGGCCAUGAGAUUGUGUGUUAGCCGUUAGCUUCUGUUAGCUGAUAGCUUCGCUUCGUAAAUAUCGUGUGUGUAAGCCGAUUGUUUAUCUUAGCCAUUAGCUUAUGCUAGCAUCUCUGAGCUGCGAGCUUCGUUUAGCUGUUAGCUCCUGUUAGCUUCUGUUAGCACAACACGAGGGCAGAGGAAACACGUGACUCUGUGUUCACACCGAGCUGAAGAUGUCUGCCAGGCCUGUGAUGAAGAGGCUGAUGAAGGCCGUGGUCGCUGUGGAGCUGCUGGGACUCUGUGGAGCUUAUGGUCUGUUUCACAAGAUGAACGACAGCAGAGACUUCAGGAACUCGGUGAACAGACGGUUUCCAUCGGUGCUGGAAGUUUACUACCAGUCCAACGAGUGGGCGGGGCUGAACGGGAUCCGAGAGGGAGACCACGAGGCCUGGUCGGCCAAAAAGGACUGAACCCCCCCCCCCCC